AAAUAAUGUUUUACUGUAUCAACAAUGGCGACGUUGGUCGAAAUAAUAACAUUUUAUUUUCAUAUCGCUGUUUGAUGGGUACUUUCUGUUCAAAUAACUACAUUUUAAUCUUCAAAUGACAGACAUAUCUGUUCAAAACUUGGGACCCUCUCCAUCUACCCCUGUCACCAUGGAUAUGGCUGCCGCACAGUCACCUGUUACUAUGGCUACCUCUGAGUCCCUGACAACCAGUUUCCCCCUAGCAACAAGCACACCUUUAGUGACAGCAAACACUGCCUAUAAUGUGACUAAAUCACACAGUGUUUCCAUGGCAAUGCGAGGAGUUGGCAUAGCAGCCAGCAGUGUUCCCCACUCAACGAGGUACCAGCCCACUCCAGACCUUUACGGUUCCAACGAGAGGCGGAGUUCAAAGCGGUCAAUCAAGCGGAAGAGGUUUGAUGAUGAAGUGGUAGAGUCCAGCCUCCUAAAACAGGAACGACCCACAAGGGACAGGAAAUGUUCCGGCCCCAUCUAUGUGGAGCCGGAGAGGCCAGUACGUGAGAUAGUGAAGAAAGAGGUUGGGACGGUUGCGCCCCCGGUUGAGCCCCGCAAGAGGCCUAGCACAGGGAAAGUCUGCAAAACCUCACGCUCACGCAACAAGUCCAAAAAACAGAAAAUGCGGCCCCCUCCCCCGGCCUCCACCAAGGAUCUCGGGCGCUGGAAACCUACAGAUGACCUUGCCCUCAUCACAGCUGUUCAACAGACAAACGACCUGACUGCUGUGUACCUGGGGGUGAAGUUCUCCUGCAAGUUCACCCUGAAGGAGAUCCAGGAACGUUGGUACAGUCUCCUCUAUGACCCCAUCAUUUCAAAACUGUCAGUACAGGCAAUGAAGCAGUUUCACCCGGAUGUUCUGGCCACAGUCCAGGCUAAGGCCCUUUACAGCAAGGCAGAGGAGACGCUGCUGGGGAACGUACCCUCGACAACAACGCCAAACCUAGAGACAUUCAAGGAGUUGCUGGACCAACACGCUGAGACGUUCUACCCAACCAGGACACCCAAGUGCCUGCACGCACACUGGCUUUUGAUGAAGCAGUAUCAUCUUCUACCGGACCAGUCCAUACAGCCAAUGCCACGGGGAGAUCAUGUCCUCAACUUCUCAGACGCUGAGGACCUACUUACUGAUGAAGACCUUAAGGAGGCGAAGGAUGAUAUUCUGGAGCAGGAACUGGCUGUUGCUGACAGGAAAAACAAACGUGAGAUACGAAACCUUGAACAGGAGUUACCACGAUGGCAGGUGCUUGUCGACAGUGUUACAGGCAUCAGCCCGCCAGACUUUGACAACCAGACGCUGGCCGUGUUACGAGGUCGGCUUGUCAGAUAUCUCAUGCGGUCUAGAGAGAUAACUCUGGGUCGGGCCACAAAAGACAACCAGAUAGAUGUUGACCUCUCUCUGGAAGGCCCUGCGUGGAAAAUCUCCCGUCGUCAGGGCAUGAUCAAACUCCGCGGUAACGGAGACUUUUACAUUGCUAAUGAAGGAAAGCGGCCGAUUUACAUUGAUGGCAAACCAAUACUGACAGGAAACAAGCAGAGACUCAGCAACAACUCCGUGGUCGAGAUUACUUGUCUCCGAUUUAUUUUCCUCAUCAACCAAGAUCUCAUCAACUCCAUCAGAAAUGACACACAGAAGAUUCCAGCCUCCACUUGAACUGUUCACUGCCAGCUGAAGAUAAACUGUGGAGUGUGACACUCUUUGUGAGCAGUUGACUGACACCUUAAGAUUAACUGUUGACUGCCACACUCUGUGUGAACUGGUGACUGCCAUUCUCAAUGAGAUGAAGUUUAGAAUGUCCUCUGCCUACAUGAUCUGUUGACUGCCACCUGUUGAAAAGAAAGAAAGUAUUAUUAUUGACUUGGGUGAAUGGCUUGGAGUUAAAUGUACAUUUGUAUUGAUCAUGAAAACGGCUGGUGUGCUAAAGCAUCAAGGUGCAAUGAUCUGUUAAAGCAUGAAUAAAAAAAACAUUAAAGGCUUACAUAACUAGUGAUUGUGUGAUUCUAUUAGGAAGAAAAUUCUAUGUGCUAGAGUCAUGACAAGGGACUAUUUGGUUAGAGGACAAGAGUGAGCUGGUGCUGGUAUGUGAUUGUCACACAUGACCUUAAAUAUGCUCUGUGAGCAAAGAUAACUUUUGAUUAUUGAUAAAUUAGUUGAUAGUCCUGCUUCUUUGUUCAAGCUUGCCUGUUUUUCAUUUUUUUUAUUAUGAGAGCCUUGAUGUUGUUGUCCGCAUCAAAAUAAUUUAUCUUGGCCAUACCAUGAUAUUCUUAAUAAUUUCAUGUUGCCAUAGACAAUAUGCACAAGCUUGGCAUGAUGCAUGCAUAAGAUUAUUGCAAAUAACUUAAAUACAAAAAUAUUAAAAGGCCAUCACAGAACAGUCUCAAUUCAAAAUAUGUUAAGUCAAUAAGUUAAUUAUGUGAACAAUAAAUUGUGAACAAUA